AUGUCCCUCUCAAGCCCCCUUUCAUCCUCCGGCCCCCCUUCCACGGUGAGUUCCCGUCCUGGCACCCCGGUUCUCGAAAGCCUCCCGGACCCCAAUGCCCUCGACGCCUGGAUUCUGGGCAGCGGCCUCGCCUCCCUCACCGCGGCAGUCCAUCUCAUCCGCGAGUGUAAGGUGCCCCCGCAUCGGAUUCACGUCCUCGAAGCCCCGAGCAAACCCGGAAUAGGAUACCUCAGCACCGGCGACGCCGAGUCCGGAUAUCACUACCGCGGGGAAUGCAUCCCGCACUUCUGCGGCGGGCAGAUGAAAGAGCUGCUUUUGCGCGUGCCGUCGGACACCGCGCAGAGCGUCUGGGGGGACAUCGAGAUGUACUUUGAGCAGUUUGUGCCGAAGAUUCCGCCGCGCACGAGGUUCCUGGCGCGCAAGAAGAACGGACUGGAGCGGGUCGACGGUAAGAGACUGAAUCUGGGGAUCAAGGAUCGAAUGGAUCUGUUCGUGCUCUCGUCCAAGACGGAAAGUGCGUUGGGCCGGUCGCGGAUCCGAGAGCAUUUCUCAGAUGGCUUCUUUCGGACGAAUUACUGGUUGACGCUGGCGACGAUGUUCGGGUUCCAACCCAGUCACAGCGCCGCUGAAUUCCGCCGUUUCGUUCAGCAUUUCCCCCACGACAUCCAGAAUAUCCAUCAUCCGCGGCCCUUGGACCGCGUCCGCUACAACUUCCACGAGGCGAUUGUUGCGCCCAUUGCGCGGUACCUAGAAGCGCAAAGGGUCGAUUUCCGGCCGAACACCAUCACCACCGACAUCAUCGCGGAACCUCUGGACAAUCCGACGCGGGUGACGCGGCUGCGUACUACGUGCCAUGGCCAGCCCGAGAGAACCAUCGACGUGGGCCCGGAGGACCUGGUCUUUGUCUCGCUCGGGUCGGUGUCCUCCGGAUCAUCUCAGGGAUCGAACCGCGAGCCGCCGUCGCUGGAGAUGAUGGAGAUCGAAAAGGACCUGGACGAGAACUGGCUGCUGUGGCUGGAACUGGCGACGAAGCACCCGAAGUUCGGCAAUGCGUAUAAUUUCUGCACGCGGCUGCAUGAGUCGCGCGUGGGCUACUUCACCGUCACAUUGAAGGACCCCCGGCAUCUGGACCGGAUUCUUGAGGUGAUUGGCGACGAGCCCGAGACGGGCUCCCUGGUGACGCUCAGAGAUAGCAGCUGGCUGUUGACGCUGAACGUGCCCCGGCAACCGUUGUUUCCCGACCAACCGGACAACGUCCGGGUGUUCUGGGGCUACAUGCUGACGCCCGAGAAGGAGGGCGAGGCCGUGAAGAAGCCGAUGCUGGAGUGUUCGGGCGAGGAGAUCAUGACGGAACUCUUGCACCAGAUGGGCAUACCGGGGGAGGAGAUCCUGCCGCAGAGCAUCACUAUCCCCUGUGUGAUGCCACGGAUGUCGGCGACGCUGUUACCACGAGAGGAGGGGGAUCGGCCGCGGGUGAUCCCCAAGGACAUGACGAAUCUAGCGCUCAUCGGGCAGUUUGUCGAUAUUCCGGGCGAGAUGGUGACGAUGGACUAUAUGAUUCGGGGAGCACAGAUGGCGGUGCAUCGUCUGAUGGGACUGGACCGGGACUUGCGGAAGUCGAAAAAGGGAUAUCCAAUGAAUCUACUAGGGUUUCGGAAGGACUAG